AUGGAAAUGUGUAAGGCGAAUGGCGCGGCGCAGCCGACGCGCCAGCCCUCUCGGUAUCGAUCCGCUCGGGAAGGGACUCAUACGGUUACGGCACAUGGAAGUGGGGUAAUGGUCAAAGAUGGGGCAAUGGACCAUACUGCUAGGAGUGGGAGCACCCAGUCAAAUGAGGCCAAUCCGUCGAUUGCAAGAAGUAUGUCUCGGUACCGGCGCAAUCGACCCUCUGCUAGCAAUACUUCCGGGUCUGUUCCAGCCGUUCCGAAUCUCGCACAUGCCCAGGCAGCUCUACUCUCAGAAAAAACGAGCGUGGAUUGCACGACAGAGGAGGAGCGCAUACGAGAAAAGCAUCGACUAGAUGCGAUGGAGCAGUUGACAGGGGGAGCUCAGGUGGAAGAGCCUAAGCAUUCAUACUGGUCGCGAUCUUCCCAACCGCAUAAAAGACGGUCAAAAUAUGCAAAUAAAGAAGAGCCAAUGUCGAUGCAAACACACGAAACAUCCGCUCGACCCACAUCAAAUCCCUCUGCAACAGGGGAGCGGAAGUCCUUCUUCCAGAAGGUCAAGCUAUCUAGAGCCAAAGAACCCCAGAAAGACCAGUCAAGACCAAAUUACAUCGGCGUGGGAGGAGGGGGAAUCGUUCCUGGAAUCGAUGCGCCUAUCUCAGCUAUUAAUGCCGGAGAGCGUCAUGUUCGCGUACAAUACAGCGAUAGCUUUGUCAACUUGACAAUCACUCCUUCCACACUCGUCUCAGAUCUACUCUCGUCUGCUGGGGAGCACUUCCCCGAGAUCGACCCCAAGAAAUUCAUUCUGAUUGAAUCAUUUCAGCAACUCAGUCUAGAGCGGCCCUUGCGUCGGCAUGAGCAUGUGCGAGAUGUUAUGAACUCCUGGGCACGAGAUACCGACAACAGUCUCAUUAUCAUUCCUCCUUCCAGCAUGGCUACCCUGAAUCAAGUGAAUCCUCCGCAAGUCCCAAGCGAUCAACCUGUUGACACUACUUUCUACAUUUACCAUUCUCAACGGCGUCGUAAAUGGGACAAGCGGUAUGUCACUUUGCGUGCAGAUGGUCAAGUUUUCAUUUCAAAGAAAGAAAACGCGAAAGACCACACGAAUAUCUGUCACUUGUCCGACUAUGAUAUCUAUUCUCCAAGUGCGCGAGCCAUUGCCAAGGACCUCAAGCCCCCCAAGAGAAUCUGCUUUGCUAUCAAAAGCCAGGAGAAGUCUUCCAUGUUUCUAUUGAGUGACAAUUUUGUGCACUUCUUCUGCACCAACGACCGGGCCCUUGCCGACCAGUGGUACCAUGCCAUUCAACAGUGGCGGAGCUGGUAUCUCAUGAAAAAGACAACAGAAGUCACGCAGUCUGCCGGCCAUGAAGCGUCUCAUCCAGCACGUACGCUGACUCGGAGGCGCGACCCGAACCCUUUCAGUGAUGCGCCCCUGGUGGAUAUGAUUCCCAGUGAUGCAGAGUCGCUUUCCAGGGUACGACCAUCAAUGGACAGGCACCGGGCCCCUCAUGUAAAGCGUGAUUUCCCCGAGACACUGGUGUUGAACACUCACGCCCAAGACGAUGAACCGCUAGUACAAGGUAUCAGUUCUGAAGUAAUAGACGCUGAGACCUUUUCGCCCUCGGGACUACUAGGACGCGCCUACACCCAGAGGCACCGAUCCAUGCGUGAGCGACAGGAAAAUGAAAAGAGAGCGAUGCAAAAUUCCUCAUUGUCUCCAGAUUUGAAUGAGGCUGUGCCUCCACCAUACACGCCUAACGCCGCACCGAACGGCACCAUGCUUAAUCGCAGCAAGUCUCUCAAUCAGAAGGGCAAGCCCCUUGUUGACCUGACGCCGGUCUUCCAAGAACAGCCGCAGCACACUCGCAAAGGCCGCGGUGUCACCGUGGAGCCCGGCAUGGCACUAAUCGACGCAGCCACAGGCCCUGACCUCUUGCCUAGCUCCAUGGCCAUCCCACCAGCUGUCGCAUGGCGACGCCCCUCAGUCCCAUCAGUCGAGGUCCCACCGAUCCCCCAGGCUCGACUCCGGGCCAAGUCCAUUCGCAGCGUGCGUCCUGCUCAGCCCAGAACGGAUACCACUUCGGCAAACCAUAGCCCCAGCUCGCCGGCUGUUCCGUUCUUGCCCCACAGUCUUCUUGCAACUGCCCCCAACGCAAACCAUAAUCAGGCAGCACCCAUUGGCCAUGGUGUCGCAACUGGUGACCGCAAUGCUACCCGGCCGAUGCUGGAUAUGUCUCCGGAAAAUCCAUUUGCAGAGGGCAGCUUGCUUCACCAGCUGUGA